GUUUGUCUCUCUCAAUCUCGACUAGUUUCAAAACAGAGACAGUCAUGGGAGGAGAGAAGAGGAAAUCUAGUUUCAAAAACCUAGCUAAUGCAAAGAAGAGGAAAGGACCUCACUUACCUAGCUCAAUUCUCAAGACCAUUGCGAAUGAGGAACGUCCUUUGAACUCUGACGAAGGAGACGAUGAGAUCGAUUCCGAUUACGGUGAUGAUAUGUACGAGUACGAAGAAGGUGAACCUGAAGAGGAAUCCAGGAAAAACAACCGCUACGACCGCGUCGAUAACUACGAAUUCGAGCUUCCCCAGGAUUUCGAGGAUGAAAACGUGGAGUCAGAAGAUGAUGAUGAUGAUGAUGAUAGGCACACACGGAUGUUGCAAGAUGUCACUGGAUUGCCAAUUGCAGCCUUUCAAGGAGAGAGUAAGAGCAAACGUGUAGUCUUAACUGAACCAUAUCCAGAGUCUGAAUUCAAUCCUACCCGUGAUGUUCUGGAGGGUAAAUCCCUCACCACAAUUGAUGACCUUAUGGAGCCUCUUCAAGGAUUACCUGGAUAUAGCCAACUAAGCAAUAUGAUCUUCCGGAUGCGAAAUGAUACGCAGCCUCUUGUUCAUGCUCCUCUGUCAAAGCCAGAACAAGAAAGACUGGAACGGAAUGUAGUGAAAGAACUAGUUGACAAGGUGUUUAAUAAUUGGGUGCCUCUGGUAAAGAGGAAUAGAGAGGCACCAACUGUUUACUUUAACCAAGAUGUCAAUGUUGGAUACUCUACUGUUGGUGCUAUAGCAUCACAAUUUCAGCCCAGGACUGAAUUUGAGAUGAAAAUGGCUUCUCUACUCGAUGAUAAUCACAUUUGGGAGGCUCACAAAGAAGAUGGAGCUAGGCUUCUUGAAUUCAACGAGGCAAGUUUUGUAUCUAUGGAAGAUCACAUCAAGAGACGUAACCAUGUUGCUAAGAUGCGUAGCAUGCUCUUCCGAGUUGACCUGAAAAGUAAACGAAUCAAGAAGAUUAAGUCUAAAACUUAUCAUCGCCUUAAAAACAAAGACCUGAAUAAAUCGGGAGUUGGAGCAUUCAUGGACCCAGCAAUGGCUAAAGAAGAGGCUAAGAAGCAGGAGGUUAGACGAGUAAAGGAACGGAUGACUUUAAAGCACAAAAACACAGGACCGUGGGCCAAACGCAUGUUAAGGCUUGGACUGGAUAGGAAAUACGAUGGAACUCGGGCAGCUAUAUCUGAACAACUUCAGAUUAAUGCUACUUUGUCCAGAAAGAUGAACUCCACAAAAGAUGAAAGUCGUAGUGAUGAGGAAGAGUUGAAUGAUGGUUCAGAUCAGGAUACUUCUAAACUGAUAGCGGAAGCAAAGGAGAAGACACUGAAAACUUUGGAAGAUGAUGAUGCCCCUAUUUCUGGUCUUAUGUCAUUACCUUUCAUGGCUCGUGCUGUGAAAAAGAAAAAUGAGGAAGCUAAAGAAGAAGCUAAACGUGAACAUGAGGAGUAUGAAGAGUUGGAGAACUCUGGUGGAGCAGAAACCUCUAAAAAGUCCACUAAUGUUGGUGGUAGAAGAGUAUUUGGGGCAGUAGCUCCAAAAGAGUCUAAAAAGGAAUCAGACAACUUUUUUGAUAACAGUGAUAGUAGUGACAGUGAUAUGGAUGAUAAUGACUUAGAGGCUGUAAAAGAUAAUGCUUCACCUGCUAGAAACACUAAAACCAUUAUGGAAACCGAGAAGGAGACGAAAGAUGAAGAAAGUGAUGAUUCAGAGAGUGAUGAAGAAAGUGAUGAAGCAGAGCAAAUGGUUGAUGGGAUUUUGACAUGUUGUUCAAAGGAAACCUAUGAAAUUCCUUUUCAAGAAGAGCUUGUAAGCCGUGCUUUUGCUGGUGAUGACGUUGUAGGUGAAUUUGACAAGGAUAAGCAAGAGGUACUAAAUCAGGAAGUUCCUGAACCCGAAAAACCAGUUCAAGUUCCUGGUUGGGGACAUUGGACCAAUACCCAAAACAAGAGAGGUUUACCAUCAAGGAUGGUUAGAGAACACGAAGAUGCCAAGAAAACGAGAGAGCAAGCUCUUAAAAAAAGGAAAGACGCUUCACUCAGACAUGUUAUCCUAUCAGAAAAAGUCGAUAAAAAGGCUGAGAAACUUCAUACAACGAGUCUACCUUACCCUUACACAUCAAAGGAAGUUUUCGAACAUAGUAUGCGUAUGCCUAUUGGACCUGAGUUUAAUCCCACAACUAUUGUUGGAGAUCUAAACCGACCUGAGGUUGUGAAGAAAGCUGGAAUGAUCAUUAAACCUGUCAAGUUUGAGGAAGUAGAUCCGAAUGAGAAAGUAGAGGACGAACACGCUCGUAGCCAUCAGAAACAAAAACCCAAAAAGGGUCGAACAAGAAUGUCCUUGAAGUUCCCUCUCGGUGUACGCUUCAUCACUCAUUCUCUUCCUUGUACUCGUCUCCCUUCCAUGAAUUCUGGCGCACUUAUCUAUUCAUUUCGUUCCGUCCCUGUUCUAUCCAAAGCCUUUCCUUUUAGGUUAAAGUACAUUGGAUUAGGUUCCCGGGUCAAUUUCUCUACCCGACCAGAGAGAUCCCAACCCGAAUUCGGGCGGCGAAGUGGAGCUGGAGGAGAGAUUCGCGCGUCCAAGAGCUUGAUUGAGGAUGAGGCAGAGCUUAGUGAUUGGGUGAGCGAUUUAAGGCCUAGUUCGUUGCGUGGGAAGUUCACAAGUGACGAAGAGAACUCGGAUCCAGAGUUGGUUCGUAGAAACGUAGACAGGGACAACAGUAGGGGUCCAAGGAGGGGAAGUGUAGGCCAAUCUGAUAGGUUCGGUGGUGCGAAAAGGGGAAAGGAAGGUGAGAUGGAUAGGUUUGGGAGUCCGAACCGGAGGAGAACCAGCGGCGAGCCGGCUGAUUCGUUUAGGAACAAGCGGUUAGGGGAUCGAGAAGGUGCAAGGAACGGUCGUGUUCAGGGAAAGAGUAGUGAGUCCUCUUUUCGUGGAAGGAAUGAUAGAAAUGUAGAUUCAGGGUCGUCUUUUCGUGGAAGGAAUGAGAGAAAUGUAGAUUCAGGGUCGUCUUUUCGUGGAAGGAAUGAGAGGAAUGUAGAUUCAGGGUCAUCUUUUCGUGGAAGGAAUGAGAGGAAUGUAGAUUCAGGGUUAAGGAGAGAGCAAGGUUUGGAAAACAACAGGGGCUUGGGGAAACAGACAAGAGGUUUAAAACAGGAAGAGGAAGAUAGUAGUGAAGAGGACGAGGAGAGAGUAUUAUCGGGAACCAUUGAUGAUUUGCUUAGUGAAGAUAGUAGUGAUGAGGAUGAUGAAGAUGAUGAGCCUCUUAUUAAGAAAGUGGCUUCUGCUAAGGCUGUUCAGACUGAUAAGCCAAGUGGUGAACAUGUCAAAACUUCAGAUUCUUACUUGUCUAAGACAAGAUUUGAUCAGUUCCCACUCUCUCCCUUGUCGCUAAAAGCCAUCAAGGAUGCGGGAUUUGAGACAAUGACUGUUGUGCAGGAGGCUACUCUUCCUAUCAUUCUCCAAGGUAAAGAUGUCCUAGCCAAGGCCAAAACAGGCACUGGGAAAACCGUUGCAUUUUUGCUUCCAGCAAUUGAAGCUGUUAUCAAAUCUCCUCCUGCAAGCCGGGAUAAUAGGCAACCCCCAAUUAUUGUGCUUGUGGUAUGUCCUACUCGGGAACUUGCCAGUCAAGCUGCGGCAGAAGCAAACACCUUGCUGAAGUAUCACCCAUCUAUUGGUGUUCAAGUUGUGAUUGGAGGCACAAAGCUUCCUACAGAGCAAAGGCGUAUGCAAACGAAUCCUUGCCAGAUCCUUGUGGCUACACCCGGAAGGCUCAAAGACCAUAUUGAGAACACUUCUGGAUUUGCAACAAGAUUGAUGGGUGUGAAAGUCCUUGUGCUUGAUGAAGCUGAUCAUCUCUUGGACAUGGGUUUCCGAAGGGACAUUGAGAGGAUAAUUGCUGCUGUUCCUAAGCAGAGACAAACAUUUUUAUUUUCUGCCACUGUACCUGAAGAGGUCCGCCAAAUAUGCCAUGUUGCUCUGAAACGGGAUCAUGAGUUCAUCAAUUGUGUUCAAGAAGGCACUGGGGAGACACAUCAAAAGGUCACACAAAUGUACAUGAUUGCAUCACUGGAUAGACAUUUCUCGCUUCUAUAUGUGCUUCUUAAAGAACACAUCGCAGAUAAUGUGGACUAUAAGGUUAUUAUUUUCUGUACAACUGCUAUGGUGACAAGAUUGGUGGCGGAUUUGCUUAGUCAGCUAAGCCUGAACGUCAGAGAGAUCCAUUCUAGAAAACCGCAGAGUUACAGAACCAGAGUUUCUGAUGAGUUCCGCAAGUCCAAGGCUAUUAUCCUUGUGACAUCCGAUGUAUCUGCUCGUGGUGUCGAUUACCCUGAUGUAUCAUUAGUCGUACAGAUGGGAUUGCCAUCAGACAGAGAACAGUAUAUACAUAGACUUGGCAGAACUGGGCGGAAAGGUAAGGAAGGGGAAGGAGUAUUAUUGUUGGCACCAUGGGAAGAGUACUUUAUGUCAUCUGUUAAAGACUUGCCCAUCACCAAGUCUACUCUACCGCCAAUAGACCCAGAGGCUGUGAAAAGGGUGCAGAAAGGGCUUAGCCAAGUGGAAAUGAAGAACAAAGAGGCUGCGUAUCAGGCGUGGCUGGGUUACUACAAAUCUCAGAAGAUGAUUGCAAGAGACACGACCAGACUGGUUGAGUUGGCCAAUGAGUUUAGCCGCAGCAUGGGACUUGACAGCCCACCAGCUAUCCCCAAAAAUGUUCUUGGCAAGAUGGGUCUCAAAAACGUUCCUGGUCUUAGAACCAAAGCCUUACAGGUUAAGGCAUACGCUUCACCAUUCUCUUCCAUCUUUUCUCCUCUUGUUUCCAUGAAUUCCGAUGGACCCAAAUCCGGUAAGAAGAGACGAGAGAUUCGCGCUAAACAUUUGAAGAAGUUAACGAGUGACGAAGAUGACUCGGUAAAAUUAGUAGUCAAGGACAACAAUAAGGGUCUAAAGAGGGGAAGAGAAGGCAAAUCUGAUGUUGUUGAGCCUCUUAUUAAGAAAGCAGCUUCUACUAAGCCUCUAGAGGCUCAAAUUGCUAAAACUUCAGAUUCUUAUUUGUCAAAGACAAGAUUUGAUCAGUUCCCACUGUCUCCCUUAUCGCUAAAAGCAAUUGUGGAUGCUGGAUUUAAGACAAUGACUGUUGUUCAGGAGGCUACUCUUCCUCUCAUUCUCCAAGGGAAAGAUAUCCUUGCCAAGGCCAAAACAGGCACUGGGAAAACCGUUGCUUUCUUGCUUCCAUCAAUUGAAGCUGUUAUCAAAUCUCCUCCUGCAAGCCGUGAUAAUAAGCAUCCCCCAAUUAUUGUCCUUGUGGUAUGUCCUACUCGGGAACUUGCUUGUCAAGCUGCUGCAGAGGCAAACAUCUUGCUCAAGUAUCACCCAUCUAUCGGUGUUCAAGUUGUGAUUGGAGGCACAAAGCUUCCUACAGAGCAAAGGCGCUUGCAAAAGAGUCCAUGCCAGAUUCUCGUGGCUACACCUGGAAGGCUCAAAGACCAUAUCGACAACACUUCUGGAUUUGCAACAAGGUUGAUGGGUGUGAAAGUCCUUGUGCUUGAUGAAGCUGAUCAUCUCUUGGACAUGGGUUUCCGAAGGGAUAUCGAGAGGAUAAUAGCUGCUGUCCCUAAGCAGAGACAAACGUUUUUAUUUUCCGCCACUGUACCUGAAGAGGUCCGCCAAAUAUGCCAUGUUGCUCUGAAACGGGAUCAUGAAUUCGUCAAUUGUGUUCAAGAGGGUGCUGGGGAGACGCAUCAAAAGGUCUCACAAAUGUACAUGAUUGCAUCAUUAGAUAGACAUUUCUCGCUUCUAUAUGGUCUUCUGAAAAAACACAUCGCAGAUAAUGUGGGCUAUAAGGUUAUUAUUUUCUGUACAACUGCUAUGGUUACAAGAUUGGUGGCUGAUCUGCUUGGUAAGCUAAGCCUUAAUGUCAGAGAGAUCCAUUCUAGAAAACCACAGAGUUACAGAACCAGAGUUUCUGAUGAGUUCCGCAAGUCUAAGAGUAUUAUCCUUGUAACAUCCGAUGUAUCUGCUCGUGGUGUUGAUUACCCUGAUGUGUCACUAGUCGUGCAGAUGGGAUUGCCAUCAGACAGGGAACAAUAUAUCCAUAGACUUGGCAGAACUGGUCGGAAAGGUAAGGAAGGAGAAGGUGUACUAUUGUUGGCACCGUGGGAAGAGUAUUUUCUAUCUUCUGUUAAAGACUUGCCCAUCACAAAGUCGUCUUUACCGCCAAUUGACCAAGAGGCUGUGAAAAAGGUGCAGAAAGGGCUUAUCCAAGUGGAAAUGACAAACAAAGAGGCGGCAUAUCAGGCCUGGUUGGGUUACUACAAAUCUCAGAAGAAGAUUGCAAGAGACACGACCAGACUGGUGGAGUUAGCCAAUGAGUUUAGCCGCAGCAUGGGACUUAGUAUCCCUCCAGCUAUCCCUAUAAAUGUUCUUGGCAAGAUGGGUCUCAAAAACGUUCCUGGUCUUAGAGUCGCUCCAGGUUUUGACAAGAAACAUACAAAGAGAAAUAGUCGUUCCCGCUAGAAUUUUUUCUUUUUUUGCUUAAUGGUAUUCUUUUGAAACUUUAUUGCUUUUUAAGGUAUGACAUUUUGUUAUUGUUGUAACUUGUAACACUUUGAUUUUUUAAUUAUAAAAAAUCUAUAAAAGUUACAUUCUUAA